AUGAUUAGGAAGAAACUCAGGGGUGUCCUAAAGGUAGCUGCAAUAAAAGCUCCAUCUUUCGAGGAGCGCAAGAGUCAUUGCUUAGAUGACAUCUCUAUCUUGACUGGAGGAACUGUGAUCAGAGAUGACAUGGGAUUGACUCUUGAAAAUGCCCUCAAGGACUUGUUGGGCAGUACUUCAAAGGUGGUCAUUACUAAGGACUCUACACUGAUAGUUAUUGAUGGAAGUACUCGAAUGACUGUUUCAAAGAGGGUUACUCAGAUACAAAAUCUUGUUGAGAACACAGAAGAAAAAUUCCAAAAGACAAUCUUGAAUGAAACAAUUGUGAGAUUAUCCAGUGGAAUUGGCAUCAUUCAGCCAAGUGAUGCGGCUAGUGGACCCAUUUUGCCCAUGGAUGCAAGGAGAUCACGUGAUGAUAAUGAUCCUACUGACAUUUUUUGA